GAUUAAAUCAAUCCAUUAGGAUUAAAGACUAAUUUGAUGAUAAUCAAAGUAUGUGAGAUAUUCAAUAGAUUAGUUUAGUUAAUUUGUACUUCAAUCCGUUUCUCUCUCUUUUGCGGAAAAGCUAUUUCAUGCAAUGGAGGUCUUCUCUCUUGUUGGAUGUUCACUUUUAUCUUUUACAUUUGACUUGCUACUCAAAAAGUUGGUUGGAUAUCUAACUGAUCAACUAUGGAAUUCAAAGGAGGAAGUACUUGCUCAAAUGGAGAGUUGGAAGACUUUUUUGCCCAAAAUCAUUGUUGUACUUCAACAUGUAGAAGAAAAUCAAGUUGCCAACCAGUCAUAAAGUCAUGUCUUGAUGAUCUCAGGAACUUGGCUUAUGAUAUGGAGGACUUACUUGAAGAGUUUGUGAUUGAUGCCAAGAGGUCCAAAUUGACUGCAAAAUCUAAAGCUAGCACCAACAAGGGACAGAAAGUCAAAUCUAGUCUCCAAAAUUUAUUUAGAUCUUUGGCUAUGCCCAAUGGAGAGAUUAGUCAUAGGUUGAAAAGGUUCAAGGAUAUAGCUAGCAGAUUGGAGCGUAUUGGGAAGGAAAUGCAUAUUUUGGGCCCGAUCAAUUUGGCUAUGGAAGAUAAAAAAAAGUCUCACAUAAUUGUAGAAAGACUACUUGAAUCUUCUCUUUUUGAAGAUGAGUUGAUGGGUCGAGAUAGUGAUAAAGAUGCUAUUCUUCAGAGGUUGUUAGAAGAUGGAGGUAGUCUUGAACAAGACUUUGUUAUUCCCAUCAUUAGAAUGGGUGGACUAGGCAAGACAACUCUUGCUCGGCUCAUUUAUAAUGACGAAAAAUUGGAAGGCAGGUUUGACUUGAAGGCAUGGCUUUGUGUUUCUGAGGUGUUUGAUGUUGCUUGAAUAACAAGAACCAUUUUAGAAUAGGUAACUAGGGAAAAGUGUGAUCUUAAUUAUUUCGAUUCACUUCAAAAGAAAUUGAAAGAGGAGUUAUUUGGACAAAAUUUCUUCUUGUAUUGAAUGAUGUUUGGACUAAGGAAUAUGGCAACUGGGAUAAAUUGAAGAGACCUUUCAUGUUAGGAGCUUCUAGAAGUAAAAUAAUUGUCACAACUUGAAAUAUGGAUGCUAGGAUGAUGAUGAGAGGAGAUAAUGGAGUUUACAAUUUAGAAUUGCUACAAGUUGAUGCUUGUUUGCCAUUAUUUACACGACAUGCACUGGGGAAAGAGGACUUUGCUGUAUACCUAGACUUAUAAGAUAUUGGUGAGAAGCUUGUUGAGAGGUGCAAAAGAUUGCCAUUGGCACUAAAAUCACUCGAUGGCGUCUUGCGGGGAAAGCAGGGUCAUGAUGAGUGGGAAAAUAUAUAUAACAAUAAUAUAUGGAGUUCUUCAGAAGAUGGAAGUGAAAUUCUUCCUGUUCUAAGAUUGAGCUAUAAUCAUUUUCCUUCUCACUUAAAGCCAUGCUUUGCUUAUUGUGCUCUGUUCCCUAAAGACUAUGAAUUUGACAAAAUGGAGUUGGUCCGAUUAUCAAUGGUUAAGGACCUAUUACAACAACAGUCACAUGAAAAGAAGUAAAUGGAAGAGGACACUGGUCCGAUAUUUCUAGGAGUUGUUAUUAAGAUCACUCUUUCAACCAUCAAGUAGAGUUGAAUCGUGGUUUGUGAUGCAUGACCUCAUAAAUGAUUUACCUGUAGAUGUUGUUGGAGAAUACAUUGCAAUCUUGAACGUAGCAUGAAUGAUAGAAAAUUAGAGAAGGCAAGUCGUUUGUCAUUCACUUCACACUUUUUUGAAUUCCCAAAAAGAUUCAUAGUCUUGAAUAAAUUGAAACAUUUGAG